AUGCGCUACGGACUCUCUAGUAUUAUAAAAGAGAAAUCAAAUUUCAUGAUAAAGUGGCUUGUUAUGAAAUCUAACGAAAAGGGUCUGCCGAUCAAUCAUCCUAAUCCAGUAAUAGCAAAUGAUGACGGUACUUGGGAAAUUGAUCGAUCUAUCGCGCACAGACUAACUAGUUAUGAUUUCUACUCGAAUGUGUCGAGUGCGUUAAUAAAAAGCCAUACUAUUUCAGACUUUGAAAACCUUUUGAAUGAACUAUUUCGUCUGUCAGGGGAACGUCGAGUUAUGCUCGAUCAUACCAUAUUGACCCAGCCGGAUAAUGUAUUUUCCGACAACUUGUCAAGACGGAAGAAUGAUAUGCAAACCCGGAAUGUGCUCGUUUCAGACUUGACGCAGAUGCCGGACGAAGAAAACCCGUCGAAGAACCGCAUUUGGUUAGCAGCCCACGUUGCUAUUAUCGAAGUGAUGUUACGAGCUCACAUAGCUCAAAUCGUGACCCAUAACAAGCUGGUCAACGCGCUUAGCACCGUUAUUGGUUGCAGAGCAGAUUCCACGUCGUUGGAAGUUCUAUCUGGGGCAGACGGUGCUUUGUUUUGGCUGGUCACCGUUGCAGCUAGAACAGCAACUCUCCUUGGAAUAAAGGACUGUUCCGAGUGGCUUAAAGUACAUCUACUGGACCAGCCCGGACCCACCGAUUCCGCAGUGGAAACUAAUACAUCUGAUUCUCCGGAAGAAAACGCCGAUCGAUUUCUACGUGGAUUAGCCGUGGCUAAUCUGCUGUCACUGGCCCUGCACUUUUACCGACCUGAAAUGGCAACAGUUGAAAAGUUCAACCUCAGCUUCGGCCCGGAUUGGCAACUUGAGCCAUCUGCUUCACAGCACAACGCCCGGAUGGUCGCACAACUCUGUCAAUCGCAUGAUGAACUUGGUAUAUUCAUCGCCCUUAUGCCAAUCGGGUGCACUGGCCGGUGGACUGCAAGCUCAGGACAGAAGCAACCAUAUUCGGAUCUUGAUCACUUAGAGCUAUCUUGGUUCUGUUCGCAAGGUUUGGCGCGUUCCGGUGCUCAUCGGCGAUUGCAUAGUGCUACAUUGGCUGCCGAGUUGUUCCAGUGGUUGACACACGAGCCACCUGAUCGUCAAAUUCCGCCUAUUCGGCCAAGGAACCUCAACCUAAUGCAUAGUUCCAAUGGGUGGAAAGGGAACACUGACGCGGAGGCGCAGUGUAAAUCCAAUCGGUUGCUGAUUCCCCAAGAAUUCGAUGCGUCAGUGCUUGUAGGCUCACCUUCCGCGAAUCAUCAAGGCAACACUGUCACUGGGCAGGACACUUAUCGAUUGGAUGAUACCGUACUCGUAAACGGAUCUCACGGAUGCCCCUCUGGAGACGCAGGCGACGGUCACCACCUCGUCACGGCUCAGUCACAAGGCGGAGAUUGUUCACAAUUAACAGACCCAAAAACAAAAUCCUCUGAGAGUGAAAACCGAAGCAAAGCUCGGCCACGCUGCAUCAUCACGUGGCCAAAUGAAAAUAGUGCACACCAAUUGCUGAAGGAAGAGAAUAUUACUGAAAUUCGCAUUCGUCCGGCACAAGUGGCAGAAAGUUCAGGGAAAACCGAGUCCUCCAGUGCUAAACCGAUUAUCGCACAGUCUUGCAAAUUAAUUGCACCAGUUGAAGCAACCAGCACAUUGAGCAACACUACUAAUCCAUCGAUAUCAUCCGAGCUCUUGGUUGACGAAUGUGUCAGAUUUACCACCCCAGUGCACGAAAACGGCUGGUCCACAAAAUACAAGAGUGUCCGUAUUGGUUCUGCAUCCUGCAAAGGUGGGAUGGAAUGGGAAGUUGGCUCUGAAGUAAUCUUUGGCUACGAAGGCCACAAACCUGCUUUGAGAAGCCACGGCAUCGAAGAGUCCAUACAUAUCAAACAUUCAGAGCGCAGCUGCCAGUCAUCUGAUAAAAAGUAUAGGCACCGAGAUCGAAUCGACGGCAGGCAUGUGAGAGAAUUCGGUGUGAGGUGUAACUCGCUAAUUGAAGCAGGAUCCAGGCCCCAGGCAAGACCAUUUCACUAUACCACGAUGUACAGUGAGUCCAGUCGCGGAACUGACACCGAAUAUGAGAGUGAAAGCUCGGUAGACAAGAAACGGAACAGUAACGAAGGUAAAGUAUUACACUGCACACUUCUGAAAAAGUCCCCACAUAGUAGCAGGGCCCGCCAAAGGGAACACAAAAUCAGAGCCAGCUCAGUGCACCCGAAAACUAGAUCGAAUUCACAUGCAGAUCUGUCUACGCAUGGCCGGACGACCCCAGCGCUCUGCGGCAACUUACCAGUAAAAUGCGAGCAUUGUUUGCUUCCAGUGCUUUGUUCGUUAAAUUCUACAUCACAGCCAGCGUUGCAACUGCAGUCAGGUGAUUUACGCAGCCGACCAAUCUCGUUCUACACUCAAGUACACUCAGCUUGGGUGCAUCAUGCACCAAUAAUACCCACGCACUUCCGAUCAGAUGAUCAAGGACCAUUUUAUCUAAACAAGAAUUCCUCUUACACUGAAUUGAACCAGCUCGGCUGCGCAUGUUUAACUGACCCACCACUACAUCCAAUUCAGCGAAGUUUGACGCGCACGCCAGUUAACGUUUCUGACGAAAAGACUCUCGCCGAAUUCGAGUUGAAAACCGAAGUUCCUAAGGUAACUAGUUCUCCAGCAAAGUCUGUAACGUUUCCCGACAUUGCUCAGACGAACACUACCAUGGAUGAAUGUACCCAAACACCAGAGGUUCAUGAGGAUACGAGCAAAUCCGGGACCAGCAGUCACAAAGCCAGCUCCUUCUUUAUUCCCUUCAAAUCAGACGGUAGGCGCUAUCCUAAUACAGAGUUCCGCACAUUACCAAAAGCGAGGUCGUUUAAUACCUAUCCUUGUUCAACUGAAAAGCAGAAAGAUCAUGAAACAACCUCCACUGCAGAACAACGUAAGGAGUUAUCGCCACGGCGUGGACAGGAGUGUGACUCAAAUGAACCAACUGAGAACAAAACAGUGCCAAUCAAUCUAAACCAACUAACCGGUCAUCUAUCAAUGCGCACGGAAGGAACGAAUGAUGAAAGCUUUGUGGUCCAACCCAGUUCCUACCCUGCAGCUGCCACUAGCACCGAUCCUCCAAGUUGGUCCAGGAGGAAUAGCAUUCAGAACCGACGAACGAAUACGAACAAUCAAGCGGAGCGACGGGAACACAAGCAUCAACUUGAGAAGGAACGUAGGGAGAUGAUCUUUCAGGAUUACCUGAAUCGGAAACUUAGCCUCUCUGACGAAAAGGACUCUGAAAACGGUAACCUCGAUCACCGCCCGUCACUUCUGCGCGGAAGCAACGGAAUCCCGUCGUCAGCUAGCUCUGGUGUGGUGGAAACGAAGUCGAAAAAUGUCUUCCUGAGGGCACGUACAGCGCCAUGUGACAGAAGGGCUACGUUCAGGAUACAGCGACCAAAACCUAACCACCUGGUAUCUCGCAAUAAAGAUGAACCACAGGCUCCGGACAACCGUAAGCUCCAAGUGGGUGCUGCCCCUCGUGAAGCUUCAUGCGACACACCGCAUACUCCUAUGGAGAACACGGAACCGAAACUAUUCGUCCCACUGCAUGGCAGGUCGAAUAGACGAGUAAUUGCCAACGCGAUUAGUCAUUGUUGUUUACCUGGUCCAGUGAAUCUGGACAUAAGGUGCUCGGUACUGGAGUCACUUGGAUGCACAGAUGGAAGGCAUUUUAUCAUUUUGCUUCGGAGUCAAUGCCAAUACUGUGCAUUGUAUAAUUAUGCAGUAACCGAAGAUAUAGCAAAUCGUGUGUGCGGGCUUGGACCUAGGAAAAUUUUUUCCGAUAUGGUUGACCGAUUUUAUAAAUAUGAUAGCGGUUCUAAACGGUUUGUGGAGAUCAGCUCCACUUCGCAUCUUUCAACUGUGGUCGAUGCCAUUAUUCUCAAAGGACGGACGAAGAACAAAUACUCCCCAAAUCCUUUGAGAUGCUGAUCCGAUCUCAGCGAACAUUUGGAAGAGAAACUCGUUAUUGGUUUAUAUUACUUCCGCCAUUCCUAUUUUGAGGUUACCGUGCGUCCCACGACUGACUGCAACUCGAUUCUACUGUAAACAUUGACGAGGUUUACCAAACCUUUGACUGACCUCUGAUUUGUCCGGGCAAUUUUUGAAUCAUUUGUGUGUACAGACGAUAAAAUCCCCUUUGGCAGCCAUACUCUUUUUAUAAAAGCUCCAUC